CGGAACUCCGCUUAAAAUGCUGGUUAACUCCCAUCUCUCGAUUCAACAACAAGUCCGUGAAUUGAAUCAACACUCUCAUGCUUCAGGUAACGUGCUUGAGGUUCAUAGGGAAAGUGCAUUUGUGAACAGCAUUCAAGGCAAAAUACCAAGUGGCGUAUCUACUUACUGGAAGCAGAGUCGGCCCUUGCACGUUGACUCGAAGCCGAUUGCCGAUUGUGGAAAAUGUGGAAAUAAGCCACACAGAUCAGAUGAUAUGUGCCCGGCUAAAAACGAGCAAUGUCGAAUCUGUAACUAUUAUGGCCACUUUGCCAAGAAGUGCAAAACAGACCCAAAGAAACGGAAGCCAUCAUCAACUAUUUCGAGAAAACGUAAACAAGAGAACUACCUGGAUCGCCAUAACACAUAUCAACCGAAAAUGGCAAGGAUUAGCGCUGUCAAAGAGGAGGACAAACAAAACGAGAUGGAUUCUUUCAUCUACGCCAUUAGUGAUAACCACGAUGAAAUGGUAUGGUGUAAAGUGGGACAAGUACUGGUUGAAAUGAUGAUCGACUCGGGGUCAAAAUUUAACAUUAUCGACGAGUCUACAUGGGAGUAUUUGAACAAGAGAAAGGCAGCGAUCAAAAAUAUAAAAUCAUCGAACAAGCGUUUGUCGGCGUAUGCUCAGCAGGGUGCACUAGAAGUUCUAUGCAGCUUUGAAGCCGAAAUUCGUGUAGUUAACGGAGUUAAUGAAAAAUACGAUGCUACAUACUACGUCGUGAAAGGAGGGCAACAAAAUCUACUUGGGAGAGACACCGCAAAACAGCUAGGGGUCCUCUUGGUAGGACUGCCAAGCGUUAAGGAUGAGGGCAGAAUGGUUCAACACGUUUCCGACAACACCAUCGAGAAGUUCCCUAUAAUCAAAGGCGUGAAAUUGCGUAUCGAUAUUGACGAAAGUGUUACACCAGUUGUACAACAUGUCCGGCGCGUCCUGAUUGCUCUGCGUAAAAAGUCGAAGUUCAGAUAA